AUGGCGCUUCGUUUGCACGUGUGCCUCCCCAGUGGCCUCUCCUGCGAGCUGGGGCCGUUUCCGCCCGACAGCGCCGUGGCCGAGCUGCGAUCGGGUGCGGAGAAAGCUUUGGGGCGACCAGUGAGGCUCAUUGGCCCCGAUGGCCUCCUUGAGGAGCACCUGUCGCUGCAGAGCGCCAAGCUCCAUGACCACGACACUGUGGGUGCCAUCGCCGACUGGCCGAAGAUGGCGUCCACCUCACGGGCCUUCGUCCUGUGGUGUGGAGGUGGCGUGGUCACCUGGGGCCCUGCUCGCUACGGGGGCGACUGCAGCAAGGUUCAAGCGCUGCUGGAGACCACGCAGAUCCAACACGUGCAGAGCUCCGAUCGCGCCUUUGCCGCGAUCUUGGCGGACGGCACCGUGUGCUGCUGGGGCGAUGGCAACUUUGGGGGUGACAGCUGUAGCGUCCAGGAGCAGCUGGUGAAUGUGAAGCAGAUUAAGGCCUGCAACACUUGCUUCGGCAGCUCCUUUGCGGCAGUGACCUGUGAUGGGGCUGUGGUGACCUGGGGCCAUGAGCGCGCCGGCUUGGGCGACCCGAACUACGGCAUCGAGCGGCCCAAGUUGCUGGAGCCGGUGGAGGAGCUCCAGUCGGUGGAUGGUUUCAACGGUGGCGCCUUUGCCGCCCGGUCGGCGAACGGCGCGGUGAGCACCUGGGGCGACUGCAAGCGUGGCGGUGAUAGCCGAGGCGUUCAGGAGCAGCUGAGGCAGGUGCGCCAGCUGCAAGCUUCUAGGAAUGCCUUCGCCGCGAUCACUGAGCCGGAUGGAAGAGUCGUGACUUGGGGACUUCAAGAGGGUGGUGGAGAUAGCACAGCUGUUCAGGAUCAGCUGCAUCAUGUGGAGAAGAUUCAGGUCUCCUGUGGCUUCGCGGGCGACGCCUUCGCAGCGAUCCGCUCCGAUGGCCGCGUGGUGACGUGGGGCUGGGCAGAGUCGGGUGGCGACAGCAGCCGAGUGGAGGGGCGGCUGCGGGAGGUGCAAGAGCUGCAGGCCACCAGUGGCGCCUUUUGCGCCCUCCGGGCCGAUGGCCGUGUGGUGACCUGGGGCCGCCCGUUGUACGGUGGCCAUGUGCCACCGGAGGUCUCAGAGCAGCUACGGGAGGUGCAAGAGAUUCAGGCCUCCUCGGGUGCCUUCGCAGCCCUCCGCCGCAAUGGCGUGGUCGUGGCCUGGGGCGAUCCGAGCUUCGGCGGCGACUGCAGCGAGGUCCAGGAGCAACUCACCCAGGUGCGCCAGAUUCAGUCCACAGUUUCGGCCUUUGCGGCCAUAUCUUCGGCUGGCACAGUGGUCACUUGGGGCUUCCCGAGCCACGGUGGCGACAGCAGCCAGGUGCAGGAGCAGCUGAAGGAUGUGCUCGAGAUCCAGUCGACGGGCCGAGCGUUCUGUGCGUUGACCUCCGACCGGCGCGUCGUCACCUGGGGUGAAGCCGACUUCGGAGGCGAUAGCAGUCACGUCCAAGAUCGUCUCCGAGAGAUCCUGCAGCCUUAG